CAAAAAAGAGCCUAUAAUGAAUUAGGGCACACGACUGUUUGCAUACUCAUUUUUCAAUUCUACAUCAAAUAAAACAACUUAAACUGAUCAAAAAUUUUACAACUACACACUCAGUUAGAUAAUAGACCCAAAAAUGUCAGGACCAGCGUCACUAGCGAUCAAUACAGAGCUUGUUGAAAGAAUGUACUUGAGGAAAUACUGCCAGUAAUUUAAAAGAAAACAUUUUUCAGAAUACUUGGAGGACAUAAAAAGUAAAUAUACUGAAAAAAAAAUUAGAUUAAAAGUUCAUUAGGCUGAAAUAUCUUUAAUUUUAGCUGAAUAAAAGAACAAUAAAAUGAACAGUAAUUAAAAUUUUGUGCAUCACUUGUCAAAUUAAAUCAGGAAAAAGACAGAAAUGGCUUAUUUUUGUUAUGAAAACACCAAGAGCCGCUGUGCUGCUCUCUCCUGAGCUACUUAUGUGAGCCUUCGUGCCAAACACUGCUCAGAUUUUCUGCCACAUUUUGUGGUCCAAAUUGAACAAAAAGGAACUUUGACCCACAACAAGCUGACAACACACACACACACACACACACACACACACACACACACACACACUCACACACACACAAUGCCACUGGAGGUGCAGUGUGGCAGGUCCCUGAGUUGCUUUCUCCUCCUGGUCCGACUGUGGAUAAAGAAAAUUGCAGGAAAAUAUCAGAACAGAACAAGACAGCCGACUAAAAAUGUGAUUUUAAACUGGUCUUGUAGAAUUUCGUUUUCUAAAAACUUGGCUCUGCAAAGUUAAUAUUGUGACAUUAAAAAAAAAAGCAUCUUUAAGUAUAAUUUUGCAAUUUAAAAAUGUGCCUCAUCAGUUUGGGAGUGUUUUAAUCUGAUUUGACUGACAGCGAGCAACAAACAACCAAGCAAAUAUCAUCAGUUUCUGACAACUCAUAUCGUAUUAUUUUUUUAAUUUAGUUGUGCUCAUUUCAAUUCUUGGCAGAACAACACUCAUAAAAAACAAAUGUAAACACAGAUAUAUGUCAUUUAUAAUAAGUGUUCCAGCAGAAAGGGCUCACGUUGCAUCCCAUCACAAGGAGCCGAAUGAAAAAACGAAGCUUUAAGGGUCUUUGACAGUCACAUGCUCGCACUCAAUAUGUCGUCUGUCGUCCUGCCAUCCAUUUAAAGUGUGUUCUCAUGUUGUUCUUUGUGAAUCCCGUGACCUGACAUGUGCCUUGUGAUGUUUCUGUGUGCUGUGAAGUGAGACCCACUCCCAGUAGUUGGAGCCUAGACAGUGUCAAAGAGGGCGCGCCAUCCUUCUCUGACUCUGUCGGCAAAUUGCUAUGCCCUCCCGUCCCUCCUAGGCCGCCGUACUCAGCAGGCUCCUCGGCUAAAAACAUGAGGUCGCAGUCUCCGGUCCCCACGUCCAGAUCACCACAAAAGACCACUGUGCCACCUUUCACCCCCUCACCCACCGAGUGCCAGUCUGCCAGCCUGGUCUCCAACUCCCCCGUCCUGUCCGGCAGCUACAGCAGCGGCAUCUCCUCCCUCAGUCGCUGCAGCGUGUCGGAAGCUUCGGGCACCGAGCUGCCCACGGGCGACCACCCGCCCCACACGCUGCCUCCGCCCAGCACCCUGCCCAACUCCGUCUCCAGCAGCUCGGACGAGCCGAUCCGCAGGGAGAACAAGACGCCGCCCCCCUACAGCGUCUACGAGAGGAACAACCCCCGCAGGCCCGUGCCGCUGCCCCACAGCCUCUCCAUCCCCCCGCAGACGGACCCGCCGGCCCUGCCGCCCAAGCCUCACCAGCUCCGCACAGGCAGCAUGAAGCUGGACGGAACCGCCGACCCUCGAGUCCCCAGACCCAGGCCUCUGCCCAGGAAGGUGUCCCAGCUAUAGGUGCUGGCUACUUGCGGAAGGAGGCGGAGGAAAAAAAAAAACAAAAAACACACACACACACUGGCGUAUUUUGCACUUUUCUACUCGGCACUCACUUUUUUUGUGAUCAUCAGUUCAGCAUUCCUGACCUACGCUCCGAUAAAAGCCUAUAGACUUAACAGGCAGUCAAAACAAAACUGAAAAGAAAAAGAGAGUUUGUUUUUGUAUUUACUAGAGGGCAUUGCAUUGACUUUGACUUGGUCAUUCCGCACUUUUAGCUCUAGUACAUACAAUAGGUCACCACGGUCAGUCGUAACAUAUGUUUACCAGAACACUCUAGAAAAACACAGUUUUGAUAGAUGUAAUAAUCUCAAAUAUAUGUAUAUUGGUAUAUAUGAGAAUUGUUUUUGCCUUAAGUAUUGGAAACAGAGUCUUUUAUCUGUGAGUCUUGCACGUUUUUUUUUUGUUUUGUUUUGUUUUGUUUUUUUAACAACUCAGUAUAUUUGUAUACUGUAUGGCUAAAAAAGGUGCUAGAGGCCUCGAGUAUGCAUUUCAGUGAAGUGUAGUAGACAAGGGUGUGUUCCCAUAGUGUUUUCCACGCAAGCAAUGGUACGACAAAGUCAAACUUUUACCUUAUACUAACAAAAAUGUGGGAUAUUUAAAUUAAAAGUUGCUCUGAUGCUCGUAUUUUUUUGCCACAUUUUACAAUUCUGACCAUAUUUGGUCAUUUUUAUGCAGUGAUAUAACAAAUUUGGUAAACUUUAACACAGUAAUAACAGCAAUUUUGAGGCCUGUUUAACUUCACAUGUAAAUGUGACAGCUGGAGAGCUUUUCAGUGGUAAAUUACCGCCUUUACAAACCACUCCACUGCCCUUCUUUCUCUAAAAUCAGCCACUUACUUAUGAAAUCAUGGACCAAAAACACGGGCAAAGGCAGGUGGAAUUUGACAGGAGCCAUUGCCGUUUAUGCGAACACACCCUAUUCCUCCUGCAUGAUGUACAUGACACCAGAUUUUUGGGGGUGGGUUAGCAAAGUAUUGUGCCAAAGGAAACUGAACAGUGUCCUGUAAAGUUGUUUUCUUUUUAUUAUUAUAAUUUCAUUUUUUCCUUUAAACUGGGACCUGGAAUCAAGAAACGUGGAAAUGCUCAGUUGAAAAGACAUUUUUUAAGAAAGAGUUUUUAAAGUGACUUUACCCAAAAAAAAAAAAAUUCUAAUCUCUAAUCUACUGAUCAGACAAGCACAAACACGAUUCGCUCAUCGGCGUUAUGACCAGAACUGUUAUGAUGAACUCUUUAUUUGACAAAACAGUAAUUGGAACAGAGUUUCACUGUCAGCAGUGACCUUAAAACGCAUGAGGACUUAUAUUCUGCGGGAGAAAUAUUUACAAACUAAUCAUUGUCAAAUAUUUGUACAGUCGAGAUUUACUUUCUGUUUGAUUAAAAAAGAUGGACGUGAGUUGACUGCACUAUAAACAGUUGCUCGGCUCGGCCACGUCUUGUUGUAUUGCUGCAGUGAAGUAAAUGUUCUGUGGCAGGCAGAUUUCACACUGUUUUGUAAAAUAGAGGAUUUUCUUUUCGGGCAUAAAAUAUCCAUCGAUGAAAUUCUGUGCAACACUUUUUUUUGUUUGGUUUUUUUUUGGUGGGAAGGUGGGGGUGGGUAGCUUUAGUAUUGUUUGUAUGUUUCAUUUUUUGUAUGGUUAAUUUACUUUUUGAUUUGUUGUGAAUUUUUGAGAUUAAAUAUUCACAUUAAUCAGUACUUGAGAACCUGUAAAUUAUAUGAUGAGAUUAAUGUAAGUAUGCCAAAUAUAAAAAAUUUGUGUAUUACAAUUAAUGUAAAUAUUGUGUUUUUAACAAAAAUGUAGCUAUAACAAUUUACAGCUUUGAAUGUAAUGUUGAAGCAGCAAAUUAUUAUUAUAAAUGUUCAAACUUUUAUGGUUUUGUGAGUGUAGAAAAACUAAAGUCAUGCAUAAUGACUCCUAACUCAUUUACAAGUUCAAUAAACUGCCCUAUGUAAUACAGAUGGAGUGACCGACACAUUUCUGGAGCAUGAAAUUGCGAUUAAAUUACCUGAAAUCGAA